AUGUCCAUUAUCGCACACUUUGUGAGUGCCGAUCUACUACUGUAUCUCACAACAUGUAUCAUGUUUUUUAUCUACUGGUGGAACGGCUCCAAAAAGUCUGCAGAAAAAAUGCCUCCUGGUCCUUCACCGCUUCCUGUGAUUGGAAAUCUCAACCUGAUAGAUCUGACAAAACCGUACCAGUCUCUGAUGAAGGUAGGAAAUAUUAUUAAAGGUCAACAUUUCCAAUGUUUCUAGAUAUAACAAGUAUAUGAGAUGAUUGGAGUUCUAACUGUAUUAAACUUGUAUCUUGCUAUUUGGUGUUGUCAUGGGUUCACUAGGCUAUUGUCGCCAUUCCUUCAAUCCUCCAUUAAUCCGAGUUCCAGAUGUGCUGAAAAGUGUAAUAGCUCUGUCGCUCAGUGUAGAGUUUCUGAAAUAUAAUGGACGCAACCAGCCGUAUUGGGUAGAAGAUGAACUGUUUUAUUAGAGCCAAGUUGCCUGCUUAUAUACACAACCCUCAGCAUGGCGUCUCCAUACAAUAAAACAGUAACCCCCCCCAGGCGUCUCUGUGUCUGGGAGAUAAGUGAGUUUGCCUUUGCUUAAACAAAUUAUCUCCCAGGCACUAGAGAUACAAUACAUUACAACAUAAAACACCCCAAAACAUAUAUAGAGAUAGAUAGAUAUCCAGACAAGUAUUAUAUCCCCAGAUAGCCCGGAUAUGAGUGCCCAAGUUGUCCAAAUAGCGCUCUAAAAAGCACUCUCCUGGCUUGUCUGGGGACGGAGCAGGCAACGGUAUGAUAUUCCUGGGGGUUCGCGAGGCAAAGCAUCCGAAAUAUAGUUCCACGCACUCCAUGACCAAGUACCGCUGCCUGCGUUCCGGAGACAAACUGUCCGCCAUUUACUAGAGCACGUGUUUUCGGUUACAUGAAUGGUAACCACCCAGUGAGAGCACUUGAGUUAAGUGUUUCUGUGAAGUUAACGAACCAGGGGGGUGGUCUGUGUUUGGUAGUUGGACAGUACCGAACCAAAGGGGAAACAGGUGGGGUACGGUAAUUAAGGUAAAGUUAAAUAGGGGAGUAUAUAAGAUAAAUCAUGACUUCCGUGCCAGGUGUAGACUUAAACAGGAUAAUUAAUGUGUUAAAUAAAUGAAUACAGAUCUUGAGUGUAGUUUACCCUAUACAUAGCUUACCUUAUAACUGAAGAUGCUUUAAAGAUAUUUUCGAACUAUAUGUUCUAAAUCAGUGGGACUCAAAGCUGUCCUCAGAAUGCACAGGACUCACAAGACAAAAUUCCACAAUAUUCUUUUCUAGCACAGGUGAGUUAAAAGCAGUGGAGGCUGUUCCAUCGGAGCUGCAAAAAAUAAAAUAAAAUAAAAAAGUAAAAUUUAUUGACAUUGUAAGGAACUCUGAUAAAUAUGUGCUAGAAAAAAAACAUGCAUCUGUCAUGAUUAUAUUUGCAGAUUACAUUCUCACCUUUAUUGAUGACCUGACCAAAUAUGCACCUGGUUUUGAACAGGUCAUUGCAUCUCAUGGGUAGAACCCAACAAGUCAGAGGAGAGACGGCAGUGCCCCUCAUCGUUAAACUUCACCAGCUACCACUGGCUAAAGGAACACUCAAAUAUAUAUCCAUGUAUUCCCAACGUUCGUGUUUUCUCCUGCAUGUUUAGAUGUGUGGUCCCAUUGUCACAGCUUGCUGGACUGUAAUAGGAAGCUCCUCUAGUUGCUGUCUGUGUGACAGUCACUAAAGGUAUCCUUAGUGAUGAAUGAAAACGCUGCCUUUUUACAAAAAGACCAUUUUCUUUUAAAUGAGAGACUGCAGAGAUAAUCUAUUUGCACCAAAACUACUAUAUUAUGUUGAAGUGCUUCUGGUGCUUAGAGUGCCCCUUCCAGGAUUAUUCACAUAUCAUGGCCAGCUGGUGUGUCCUAAGGGCAAUUGUGAAAAACACUAGGCCAGUGGUCCCAACCCGGUUCCUAAGGCACAUCGUUAUCCCAGGAUUUGCCAGUAUCACGAUUAGAACAAAAAUGGGAAAUAACUAAAUCUUGUCAAGAUCACUACCUAAUACCAAGGGGAGGAAGCAUGAGCUACGAAAGGAAUAACAGAGAAGAGUUCUGUGUCUAUAAAAAAUAAAACAUACAUUGUUUAACGGAUCACUUUUUCAUUACUGCCUCAAUUUAGGUUUUAAAACAAAAACUGUUUUAAUGACUUUUGGGUCAAAAACAUUCGACCCACUUGCAUUGAAACAGAUUAAUGGAAAACUCAAUCCUUGAGUUGACCCCAGUUCAUUUAAUGCAUUAUAUAAUACAUAAAAAUGAAAUACUUUUAAAGGGUAAAGAUAUUUUUUCUGAAUUUUCCUUGUUUGAUGCAUAUCUAUAGCUUCCAUAGGAUUCAGGAAUUGGCUUCAAAGUCUCUCUAGGUUAAUUUUGUUUCUUUCUUAUCUUUUCACCACAAGCACUGGACAUAAAUAUAAUGUUUUUUAAUUAAACGUUUUAUUGAGAGGAAAGUACAUUAUAUAAGCAGAUAUGUUGAGGGUACAUUUGAGUAAGAGGUAGGCUUAUAGAUAACAUUUAACCAAAUAAGCCAGCAGGUGUAUCAUCUCAAUUUUUGUUGUGAAAAGAAAGAAAAGAUAACCGGAAAUAAAAGAUAAUGAUAAUAGCCAAAAGUGUGAUGCAUAAUAAUGGAGAAUAGUGAUAGACACACAUAAGGUCGAUUGAGGACAGGAUACCGAGAAGUUAGAAACAUUUUAGACUAUGGUAUAACAUAAAUUAGGCAACAGGACUGAUGAUGUGCACAUGUUAGAAACUUUAAAUAAAAUAAAUGAUGAGCGAAGAGAAUAAACAGAUAUGUAAAAGCCACUGGAGCCUCAUUAUGAGCAAUAUCAAUGAAUGGCAAAUUAAAUUUAAUGUCAAAAAUGUAAAAGUUAUGCACUUCGGGGUAAAGAAUGCACAAGCAACUUAGUUACACCCCAAAUGGUAGUGAAUUAGGGACAACAACAGACGAGAAGGAUUUGGGAAUUGUUAUAGACGGCAAACUAGGCAACAAUCAGGGCCGGACUGGGGAUACACAGCAGCCCUGGAAAAAAAAUCUAUGCCAGCCCCAUGUCAUUGAGCCUUGUGUGUGAGUGUGUGUGUACAUAUAUAUAUAUAUAUAUAUAUAUAUAUAUAUUUGUGUGUAUAAAUUAGUAACUGGAGCAGGAUAGUGAAGUGCAGGGGAAUGUUGGUGUGUGAAUGCAGAUUAGAAGGGGUUGAGUCGCCAGCCAGAUGUGAAACGUUAUGAGCCACCUCAAAUGCUUGUGCACAGUAUUUUUAUUUAUUUUUAAAUUACAUUUUAUUUAUUCAAGUAUGUACACAACUUCAAUUUGUGUGUAUGCAGGGGCACAUUUGUAUUGAUAGUUUUAUGUUUGGGUGUAUAUGCAGGGCCAUAUUUGUAUGUAGUUUGUGUGGAUACAGGUGCAUAUAUAUGGAGCAGGUCAAUGUGUUUAAAUGUAGGGACAUGUGUGUGUGUGUGGAGAGUCUGUGUGUGAAUGCAGGGAUGUGUCUGGAGGCUUGAUGAGCGUAAAGGUGCAGAAGUGUGUAGUGGGCCAAAGUGUUCUUGUGUAUGGUGGACGCUGACUCUCUGCGUGAAUGAAGUGGUCAAUUUGUAUCCCUCAUUGUCUGUAGUGCAUUUCCAUCUGCAAUAGCUAGUAGCCCAUUACUGCCCCAUAGUUUGUAGUCUGUUUUUUCCCUCCUAUUUCCCAUAGGUAGAAGAAGCCUAGUCUUUGCCCUCUGUAGUUAGUAGCCCAUUCCCUUCCCCCCAUAGUUAAUAGCCUAUGUUCCUCCUCUUCCCCUAUAGAUAGUACCCAAUCCCUCCCAUAGAAGUAACCUACUCACCUCUUCUCCCCCGUAGAUAGUACUAUAUUCUCCUCCUAGUACUCAAUUUUCCUCCUAACCCCAUAGAUAGUAUACAUUCUACCUUCCAGUCCACCUCCCCAUAGAUAGUACCCCAAUCCCUCCCCCAUAGAUAUUGCCCCAAUCACUCACCUUAUAGACAGUGCCCCAAUCCCCCUCCUCAUACAGUACCCCAAUCCCCCUCCUCAUACAUAGUACCCCAAUUCCCCUCCUCAUAGAUAGUGCCCUAAUCCCCCUAUUCAUAUAUAGUACCCCAAACCCCCUCCUCACAUAUAGUGCCCCAAACCCCCUCCUCAUAGAUAGUGCCCCAAUCCCACUCCUCAAAAGUAUUGCCCCAAUCCCUCCCCCAUAGAUAGUGCCCCAAUCCCCCUCCUCAUAUAUAUUACCCCAAUUCCCUUUUUCAUAUAUAGUACCCCAAUCCCCCUCCUCAUAGAUAGUGCCCUAAUCCCCCUAUUCAUAUAUAGUACCCCAAAUCCCCUCCUCAUAGAUAGUGCCCCAAUCCCCCUCCUCAUAUAUAUUACCCCAAUUCCCCUAUUCAUAUAUAGUACCCCAAUCCCCCUCCUCAUAGAUAGUGCCCUAAUCCCCCUAUUCAUAUAUAGUACCCCAAAUCCCCUCCUCAUAGAUAGUGCCCCAAUCCCCCUCCUCAUAUAUAUUACCCCAAUUCCCCUAUUCAUAUAUAGUACCCCAAUCCCCCUCCUCAUAGAUAGUGCCCUAAUCCCCCUAUUCAUAUAUAGUACCCCAAAUCCCCUCCUCAUAGAUAGUGCCCCAAUCCCCCUGCUCAUAUAUAGUACCCUUAUUCCCCUGCUCAUAUAUAGUACCCUUAUUCCCCUGCUCAUAUAUAGUACCCUUAUUCCCCUCAUAGAUAGUGCCCCAAUUCCUCCCCCAUAGAUAGUGCCCCAAUCCCUCCCCUAUAGAUAGUGCCCCAAUCCCCCUCCUCAUUUUCCUGAGGGGGGGUCAGCAGUGUAUUAAAUAGGCUCCCCCCUAAUGCACUCCCCAAAUGUAAUACACAAUAGAUCCCCCAAGCCCCUUUACUCCUACCUGUACUUCAAGUCAGGAUGCCGACAGGGCAGCUCAGCUCAAUAGUGAUGGAUGGUCUGCACAAGCAGGGAAGGGAUGCCGCCGCUUUGCUGCGCAGUGUAGAGCCGCCGCCGCGCAGCCGCCGGAUAUGACGUCAUAUGCCGCUCACAUCCGGCGGCUGGUGAAGGAAAAAUCUUUGCGCUCGCGGCUCUAAUUUCUGACAAUCAACUGCAGAAGCACAGCCGCGGCCUGAAGGACAAACGGGAAAUAAAUAUUUUCCAGUCUUGUGGGUGCAGCCACAUGUCAAAGCGGCCCCAGGGUCGGCGGCCUACCGGGAAAUUUUCCGGUAUCCCGGUAGGCCAGUCCGGCCCUGGCAACAAUGCGCAGCAGUGGCUAAGUUUAGUAAGGUAUUGUCAUGUAUAAAGAGGGGCAUUCAUUCUUGGAAUGAGAAUAUCAUUUUGGCACUGUGAAUAUGCUGUGCAAUUUUGGGCACCUGUUCUAAAGAGUAAAUUGUGGCACUAGAAUAAGUAAAGAGGCAGGCUACAAAAUUAAUAAAAGGAAAGAAACAUUUUAGUUAUGAAGAAAGGUUAACAAAUUUAAACCUCUUUAGUUUAGAAAAACGGCACCUCAGAGAGGAUAUGAUAACGUGAUACAAAUAUACCCAUGGCCAAUACAAACCAUUGUCUGGAAAUCUAUUCACAAGCAGAACUAUACAUGGGAUACAUGGUCAUGCAUUUAGACUGCUAGAAAGAAGAUUUAGUCUAAGGCAAAGGAAAGGUUUUUUUUAAUAGUAAUUGCUUCUUGAUCCCUGGAUAUCCAGAAGGAUUUUUUCUUACUUUGUUGCAAAAUUGGAAGUGCUUCAAACUGAGUUUUUUGCCUUCAUUUGGAUUAACAGAAAAAAUAUAUGUGAGAAAGGCUAAACUUGAUGGACACAUGUCUCUUUUCAGACUAAUUAACUAUAAAAAGUCAUUAAAAGGAUAAAUUAUUGGGAGCAAAAAAACUAUGUAGAGCUUGUGAGCAUACUGGCCCCAUAUGUUGGUCACUCAGACCACUUCAAUCUCUGGCACAUCUAUUAGCACUAGAAGUAAAGUCUCAGUGCAGCAGUGCAGCAAAUUCCACUCCACCAGCCUCAGGGCGCUGCAUGAGCCCACAUCCUAUGCCCUCAAAGCCAGCACUUCAGUGAGGUGCAAACAGAGAGGCCCAUAUGGCAUUCCCAUCAUUGUUGGUCUACUCUCAUGGGUGUAAGGCAGUGAUGGGGAGUUCCACUCCAUGAGUCUAGAGGCUUAGUUACGUCAGUAUGGAGUCCAGUCUCAAGUGCUGUUUGCCAAGUAGUAUUUGGUCAAAAUCCCCCUUCUCUUGCUGGGGCAUAAUUGCAUUACAGUGGGACCACAUGAACCAGGAUAGAGAGCAUAAGUUGUUGUAUGCCUUGUUAAUAGUGUCUCUUUGUCUCUUUGCAAGUUUAGAAUUUUAUCCAAUCUCAUAGGGGGUUUUAGGUGUCAUCAUCUUAGAAGCAGGUCUCCCAGCAGGGUUUGACGAUUAUUGUCCACAGAGCAAUUUCCGAGUACUCCAGUGAGUACUGGGGUAACCCCCACCGGUCCAAAGUUGGGAGGAAAUGGGACCAGCAAGAUGCUAGUUUUAGUUGCCGAUGUGCAGCAUUCAUAUUAUAGAAUCCACUUCACUUUCUGCCCGAGUAGGCUGCAGUCCCAGAGAUCUCGAUUUUCCUUCCGGGGCUGUAAAUCUCCUGUUUCAUGGCUGAUCAGUAGCACCAGUAGUUGCCUGUAUGGUGUGCUGUAGGUGUAAAAAGAAAUGUAAAUAUAAGUAAAUAAUGGCAAGAACCCUCAGGAACUGCUCUGACAUGCCGCCAGCUGGGCAGAUUUUCCUGCAAUUGGAGCUGAGGACCUUCUUCAUAGUGCCCAAUAGGGCAUUUUAAGCAAGAAAGGUUUCCCCGCUCCAAAGGGUUAAAGUAACCCUUCAAUUCCAUGCAGUUAGCACAAGUAUUUAAUUAUAUCUUUGUAAAAUACUCCAACUCCAGUUGAUACACCAACUUUAACCCCCUAAGGACACAUGACAUGUGUGACAUGUCAGGAUUUCCUUUUAUUCCAGAAGUUUGGUCCUUAAGGGGUUAAAUUAAUUAUAGAAUGAAUUACAAAGGCUCUGCAGAGAUGUAAAUUCACCUUUUGCUUUUCAAUGGGGUUUCUAUUCAAAUAAUCUACUCUACAUUGACGUAAACCACAAAAGAAACUGGGUUGUGAGAGAUUCUGAAUUUCUUUUCCUCUAAGUUGAUGGAACAUAUGAUUAAGGGAAUAUACCUCAGGUCCUGAGGUGAGAAUAUAUCAAGCCAAAUACCUGAUGUAACCUGUUUUGUGUUACAGCUGUCGCAGAGGUAUGGAGACGUUUUUACGGUACACUUUGGGCCAAAGAAGAUUGUGGUGGUUGCCGGGUAUAAAGCUGUAAAGGAUGCUCUUGUUUCUCAAGCAGAUGAUUUUGGAGAAAGAGCAGAUAUUCCAAUAUUUACAAAAGUGACCAGAGGAAAUGGUAAAAAGUUUUACAGAAUACUUAAUUGAAUACUGGUUAUUUGUAACUGUUGUGAAUAUGUUUGCAUGAAAGAGUAUUUAGUUGUAUUAGUUUACCCACCAUUGUCAGCCAUUGGCUUAGUGGAUGAAAUUAACAUUUCUGGUUCAGAUUAAAGGUUCUCAGGGUGAUAGUACCUUUUACCUACCUUUAGGGUGAUAGUAUCUCGUACCUACCUUUUCAGGUAUUGUUUUCAGUCAUGGUGAAUCAUGGAAGCUCAUGAGAAGAUUUGCGUUGUCUACACUACGAGACUUUGGAAUGGGGAAGAAGACAGUAGAGUGUAGAAUUCAAGAUGAGUUAGAUCCUCUCAUCAAGUAUUUCCAGUCCCAAAAAGGUAAGAUUGUAGAACACUAACUUUAUUCUUAAUUUUUAAGGAAAUACACUGAUAUAGAAAUUAUAGUCUAGAAUCAUCUAUUACUUUUACAUUUGUAAUCUCUGUACAGGGAUCUUUAGAGUGGCUGCUCGUAAAUUUCAUAAUGCAGCCAGUGCACGGUCCUUGUUCUUCUCUUGAUACCAGACAUUUUGAAUUGAGUCUUGCAACCAAGGACAGGCAAUUUUUCAGGCAUGUGCUGGCUUUUGUGGCCAACUACUUUGCAGCUGAGCUAUUGUAAUUCAGAUGUUACCACUCUCUAAUACAGCAUUUAAGAUUGAGCCCAGUAAUUUUUACAGGGCGUUAAACAAUGGACAUAAAUGUAGGAUGGGUGGGAACCCAUGAUGGUACCACAUUGACAGUCACCAAGCUUGGCUGCUUGGGUAUCUGCUAGUUUUGUUUUUUACGAAGACUGCAUUAUGGUGCAUUUGACUUUAUGUUUAUGUAAAAAAAAAAUUCUGUCUUCCUAUUUUCAGGAAAACCAUUUGAUGUAAAGAUUAUACUGAACAGUGCUGUGUCCAAUGUCAUUUGUUCCAUUAUAUUUGGAAAAAGGUUUGAGUACGAGGAUGAAACCUUUCUAACACUGAUCAAAGUACUGAAUGAAAACGCUAAACUGCUUGGCACCCCAAAACUCCUGGUAACCUUUAAUUUGUUCAUUUUCUAUGUUUUCUCUGUAUUUUAGUAAAGCUCUGUUAUAAUAAUUUUUGAAUAACACACAGUGGUGGGUUGUUCAUAGGGAAACGUGAGUUAGCACUCAAUCAGAAUAUUGUUUUGUUAAAUAAUAACAAAACAAAGAUAUUGCCAGUAAUGAUGGGCAUUUCUUCCAGAGGGGAUAAAAAAUACAUAAGACGGGGGGCGGAGCCAGCUAUCACACGGCACCAGACGCCAUUUCCACUCACUCCCGACUAAAAAAAUCUAAUCCGGGCAAAAUCUGCAAAACUGUCACCCAUCCAGCCUUACCACCCACACAGCUAGGAUCAGCAAGACAAGAGGCACUGAUAGAUGCCGUUUGUUCAACCCCACAAGCUCCCCAAGCGGAAGCGCAAAACCGGGGCCUACCUCACGCCAGCGAUCCGGGACCUAGAGGAACUCCUGUUCCGGCCACAGACUGAGAGGGAAGGGCAUCCAACACCCCCCUCACCUACCGAAACACCGGCUCACUUACCGGCAAUGGGACUCAGAUCCCAAAAACCAGCGGCUGACAGCAGAGAUAUAGGUGCGCUGCUGCAACGCCCGGUGCCGCUGCGUCCCGCUCCCAUGCACGUGGGAGACGAGCGGGAACCAGACCACACUCCCCACUCAGAGCAGGGGGAACCGGAGACACCCCUGGCCAUGAAGACAGCGCUGAUACAGCAGCCUGACUCCCCUGAAGACGCAGCACCAGCCACUAAGGGAGAUCUCAAACUCCUACUCGCUGACAUCCACAGGCUUUUAGCAGCGGACACGGCCUUCCUCAAGACAGAGGUACAAACGGUCACGGACCAGGUAACAGCCGCAGAACAAGACGUGGGGGAGGUCAAAACACACCUGACCACAUUGGAUGAACAGGUACAAACUAUACAACACCACCAAAAACUUAUGGCAUGCAAAAUGGUGACCAUAGAAGACAGACAAAGGUGAACACAUAUCAAAAUUAGGGGAAUCCCAAACACAAUCACUGCAGAAGAACUGCCUCAUUACGUUAGGCGCCUCCUGGCCAGCAUACUCCCCCACGCAGCUGCAAAGAAAAUCGCCAUAGACGGAAUAUACCGGCUCCUGACCUACACUCACCUGAAAUCACCAGCAGCACGAGAUGUCAUCUUAAGAUGCAUCACAGUCCAGGACAAGCUCCAUAUCAUGGCGGCGCUUAAAGACCGAACACCACUACCCUUCAAAGACUCAGAGCUGACCUUCUACCAGGACUUAUCUAGGGCCACACUAUUGUGGCGCAAGUCAUAUGGCCCAGCAGCAACACAGCUACACGCUGCAGGUAUAGCCUACAGGUGGGGAGCAGGGGGCUCCAUGGAAGUUACCCAUGCAAGGACCACACAAGUCCUCACCUCGCCUGAGGAAGCCUCCAAAUAUCUGAAAACCCUCAGCUUGCCGAACCAGACCCCGAAACGCCAAGGAGAACACAUAGAACACAUGACCGCCUCUCUUCACAUCCCGGGAAUGAGUGGACUGGGGGCACAGGGUCCGUGAAUACUAACCGGUUGGCAAAACCCAAGUCAUGAUUGAGACGGACUGAUAUCCCACACCGUCCUCACACCAACGAAGGAGAAAGCCUCCAAUAUUAUGUUAAUGUUUCAUGUUCAUUAUGCUUUUUACUAUACUUUAAUAUUUAUUUUCCUUUUGAUCUGACUAUCCCACUGACACUCAGGUCCCCAGGCCCGCGACCCACGUGGACAGGGGGCUACCUGAGCCCUAUUACCACUAGGACUAGACGCCCGAACGGACAUAUAGUCAUAACCAUACCUCUCCCGCCCCCCCACCACCCCCAAGGUUAGAGGUCCCUUACCUCAAUGCAGAGGCAGAGCAAGACACCCCCAGCACAACCCAAGGUCCAGCUACACCAAAAACUAUCCCAAUGCCCACGUGCCCGGCUUACUACACUCACAGCAGGAUAGAUACGAGCAUGGUUGCCUAAAAAACAAACACCCACGAUGCCCCUCCUGAGAGCAUACGACCACCCAGACACACCGCUGACACAUACCAUCGUAGUGCCUUUAAAACUACCAUGCCUGCCCAGCAUGUACACCCCACCGCGCCCAGCUUGUCCCACAGUAGACUGCAACGUAUCACACAGACUACAUAGCCGAACACCACACACAGCUAGAACGACUCCACUGUGACAAACCUAACUGUUAAAUUUUCCUGUUUUUCCUUAUUGGAAAAUGUGCUCCUUACCUCUAUGCCAUGUAAUUGUCUUUCUAAAUACAUUAUAUCUAAACCUGUUACCACUAAAAUGGCAGCACAUACUUGUUUGAAAACGCUAUGCACAACAAAAUAAAGAAUUAAAAAAAAAAAAAUACAUAAGACAAAACUGCGAUGAGCCUUUAUCUUUAAUUAUGAUUUAUAAUGUGCUAAUCACAUCUCUGGUGCUCAAAGGGUUAAAUAAAAGGAAUAAAGACAUUUAUUUUAACAGACAUUUUGAAAUUUAAUGAGUUGGGAAGUAAGGUUUACAAAGAAAAGAGCAGAGUUACAAUUUAGAUAUUAGAUGGGUAUCUCCUGAGUCCUUGAGGUCCUCAUACAUUUAAAAAGGGGCCAGGAGAUGCUCAGUCUCACAUCUAAAUUGCAACUCUUUAUGAAUAUAUAUGGGCCCAUAAGAAGGUCCAUAGUUAUAUGGAUAUCAAUUUAGAUGUGCGUUAGGCAUCUUCUGGGUCCUUGGGGUCCAAGGAGAUGCUCAGUCUCCUGGCCCUUUUAUAAAUAUAUACGGACCCACAAGGCGGUCCUUAGUUAAAGGAGACUGGGCAUCUCUUGUGUGAUUACCCGUCACCCCAUGGCAUAUGGGGGUAAAUGGUGGGUAGGCACCACUCUUCGGGACUCUGACAGAUAUUAUUGGGCUUCAGGAGAACCUACUUUUUAAAAUUAUUUAAUAUUGAUAUUCUUUUUGUUUUAUAAUAGAUACAUGCAUAUAGAUCAGUCCUCAGCUCUCUUUUAUUACAUGUUGAGCAUGUUAAUUACCCGCUCAGCAUGUAUACAUUGCACUUUCCUUUCUACAGAGGAGAACAGCAUGUUGCAUGGCUCUUGGCUCCAACACUGAAAGGGUUAAUUUGAUAGUUUAGCUGUCCUAGUGAGACCUUAAGUCUGGUCUCACUAGACGUAGCAUUUACAUCAGAAAAAGGGUUUGAAUUUAGUCGAUAUCACAUAGCCAAAUGGCAUUUUUUUUUUUUACUAUAGAAUAAUUGCUCUCUGGUCAAAAACCUUUCCAAAUUGGCAUUGCUGCAUAGUUAUGUUAGUAAGUAUAAAUUCUGGCAUACAUUUAGAGCCGUUUCAAUAAAAAAGCCAUUUGGCUGAUAUAUUUUAAACCCCUUGUUAUUAGCCCUACAUUACAAGUCCUAUAUUAUAUUAUACACUGCUCAAAAAAAUAAAGGGAACACUUAAACAACACAAUGUAACUCCAAGUCAAUCACACUUCUGUGAAAUCAAACUGUCCACUUAGGAAGCAACACUGAGUGACAAUCAAUUUCACAUGCUGUUGUGCAAAUGGGAUAGACAACAGGUGGAAAUUAUAGGCAAUUAGCAAGACACCCCCAAUAAAGGAGUGGUUCUGCAGGUGGUGACCACAGACCACUUCUCAGUUCCUAUGCUUCCUGACUGAUGUUUUGGUCACUUUUGAAUGCUGGCGGUGCUUUCACUCUAGUGGUAGCAUGAGAUACAGUCUACAACCCACACAAUGGCUCAGGUAGUGCAGCUCAUCCAGGAUGGCACAUCAAUGCGAGCUGUGGCAAGAAGGUUUGCUGUGUCUGUCAGCGUAGUGUCUAGAUCAUGGAGGCGCUACCAGGAAACAGGCCAGUACAUCAGGAGACGUGGAGGAGGCCGUAGAAGGGCAACAACCCAGCAGCAGGACCGCUACCUCUGCCUUUGUGCAAGGAGGAACAGGAGGAGCACUGCCAGAGCCCUGCAAAAUGACCUCCAGCAGGCCACAAAUGUGCAUGUGUCUGCUCAAAUGGUCAGAAACAGACUCCAUGAGGGUGGUAUGAGGGCCCGAUGUCCACAAGUGGGGGUUGUGCUUACAGCCCAACACCGUGCAGGACGUUUGGCAUUUGCCAGAGAACACCAAGAUUGGCAAAUUCACCACUGGCGCCCUGUGGUCUUCACAGAUGAAAGCAGGUUCACACUGAGCACAUGUGACAGAUGUGACAGUCUGGAGACGCCGUGGAGAAUAUUCUGCUGCCUGCAACAUCCUCCAGCAUGACCGGUUUGGCAGUGGGUCAGUAAUAGUGUAGGGUGGCAUUUCUUUGGGGGGGCCGCACAACCCUCCAUGUGCUCGCCAGAGGUAGCCUGACUGCCAUUAGGUACAGAGAUGAGAUCCUCAGACCCCUUGUGAGACCAUAUGCUGGUGCGGUUGGCCCUGGGUUCCUCCUAAUGCAAGACAAUGCUAGACCUCAUGUGGCUGGAGUGUGUCAGCAGUUCCUGUAAGAUGAAGGCAUUGAUGCUAUGGACUGGCCUGCCCGUUCCCCAGACCUGAAUCCAAUUAAGCACAUCUGGGACAUCAUGUCUCACUCCAUUCACCAACUUCACGUUGCACCACAGACUGUCCAGAAGUUGGCAGAUGCUUUAGUCCAGGUCUGGGAGGAGAUCCCUCAGAAGCAGGGCCGUAUUAACAUAGGGGCUGAUGGAGCUGCAGCUCCAGGCCCAGGCCCAGACCCAGGCCCAUGGAAUAGGCCCAUUGAUUUAAAAAAAAAAAAAAAAAACAUUUUUUUUUUUUUUACACACUACUCUUAGGGUUGCCAGGUAUUUUUCAUGUAUUUCUUAUGGUUGCCAAGUAUUUCUCAGAAGUAUGUUUCAGGUAUUUGAGGCUGCCGUGCUGGUAUUGCAGUAAUACCGGCAAUACAAAUGUCUGUCUCACUAUAAACAGAGAUUAUUCUGCAAUACCAGCGCCGGCCAGUAGGGGUCACUGUUUGUGUGGAGAGAGGCAGGAAUAAGAAGUUACAGCAUCUCCCUCCCUGCCUCUCUCUACUCACUGAUCUGCGGGGGAGCAGCUCUGCACAGAGUUUUGAGUCUGCGAAAUAUGGGGACGGUGAGAGACUUGGGGACGUGAGAAAUUGGGACACUUGGAGACAUAGGGAUACUGAGGAACAUAAGGACCCUGAGACACUAGGGACACAGUGGCCCCAUGUAUCCCAGUGGCCCCUAGUCUCUCAGUGUCCCGAUGUCUCCCAGCCAUUGUCCCUAGUGUUUCAGUGUUCCCGUGUCUCCCAGUGUGCCUGGUGUCUCUCAGUGUCCCUAGUGUCUGUGUCCCUAGUCUCCCAGAGUGGUCUUGUCUCUCAGUGUCCCCAGGUAUCUCAGUGUCCCCAUGUCUCUCCCAGUGUCUCAGUGUCCCCAAGUCUCACAGUGUCCCAAUGUCUCUAAGUAUCCCCUAGUGACAUCAGGACACUGGGAGACAUGGGGACACAGACUCUAAGGGACACUGGGAGACAUGGGGAUACAAACAGUAGGGGUCACUGGGUGACAUGGGGACACUGAGACACUAGGGGACACUGAGAGACAUGGAGACACUGGGGGACACAGGGAGACAUGGGGACACAGGGCGACUUUGAGACUUGGUAGAUAUUGGGCACUCCCAGUGUCCCCAUGUCUCCCAGCCAGUGUCCCUACUAUCUCAGUAUCCCCAUGUCUCUCAGUGUCCGUAGUGUGCCACUGUCCCUAGUGUCUCAGUGUUUCCUAGUCUCCCAAGGUCCCCUAGUCUGCCAGUGUCUCAAUGUCCCAAUGUCUCCCAGUGUCCCCAUGUCUCCUAGUGUCUCAGUGUCCCCUAGUAUAAAAGAAAAAAUGUCAGGCACUCGCUGUGAUAGAUUUAAGCAGGUUUAUUGGACACCACAAUGUUUCGACCUGUACCCAGGUCUUUAUCAAGUCUCCAGUGUCCCUUAUGUAUCACAGUGUCCCCUAUGUAUCAGAGUGCCUCAGUGCCCCAUGUCUCCCAGUGCCCCAUGUCUCCCAGUGUCCCUGGUGUCUCCCAGUGGUUGUCCGUACUGUCUCAGUGUCCCCUAGUCUCUUAGAAUCCCCUAGUCUGCCAGUGUUCCCAUUUCUCACAGUGCCCCGAAGUGCCUCAGCGUCCCCUAGUAUAAAAGAAAAAAAAAUCUCAGGCACUCACUGUGAUAGAUUUAAGCAGGUUUAUUGGACAGCACAAUGUUUUGACCUAUCCCCAGGUCUUUAUCAAGGCUCCAGUGUCCCCUAUAUAUCACAUUGUACCCUAUGUAUCACAGUGUCUCAGUGAACCAUGUCUCCCAGUGUCCCCUCAUUUCUCAAAGUCACCCAGUGUCCCCGAGAGUCUCAGUGUCGAUAGGUCUCCCAGUGUUCCCUAAUAUCUCGGUGUCCCCAUGUCUCCCAGUGCCCAAUGUCUCUCAAUGUCUUCUCAUAGCUGCAUCCUAUGAGUUUCCCUCCAGCACCAUCUCCAUCAGAUACAUGACGCUUAGGAGGUAGGACUGUUUUAGUGUUUUUGGUCAAUAAGAUUUUGUAAUUAGGCCCAUCAUAAUUGUCAGCACCAGCCCCACUGGGCUCUUAAUCUGGCCCUGCUCAGGAGGCCAUCCGCAACCUCAUCAGGAGCAUGCACAGGCGUUGUAGGGAGGGCAUACAGGCACGUGGAGGCCACACACACUACUGAGCCUCAUUUUGACUUGUUUUAAGGACAUUACAUCAAACUUGGAUCACCCUGUAGUGUGUUUUUCCACUUUAAUUUUGAGUGUGACUCCAAAUCCAGACCUCCAUGGGUUUAAAAAUUUGAUUUCCAUUUUUUUAAUUUUUGUGUGAUUUUGUUGUCAGCACAUUCAACUAUGUAAAAAACAAAGUAUUUCAGAAGAAUAUUUAAUUCAUUCAGAUCUAAGAUGUGUUAUUUUUGUGUUCCCUUUAUUUUUUUGAGCAGUGUAUAUAGUUUAUAUUUAGUAAUUAUAUAUAUGUUUACCCUAUACUUUAUUUAUUUGUAAAAUCUGUAAUAACUAUAAUAAGUUAGUACCAUUCUGAGUGGAUAAAUAUCUAAAAAUGUGUACAUUUUUUACAUAAGACUGGGAGUGUUAAAGUUAUAUUAAAAUUAUUUUCCUACAGCUUUAUAAUUUUUACCCUGUCCUUGGGACUCUUCUCGGCACUCACAGAGGAGUAAUGCGGAAUGUUGAUCUGCUAAAUCAUUUAUUAAUGAAAUAUGUCACCCAACAUCAAGUGGAAUUUAAUGCCAAUAACAUUACAGGAUUUAUCGAUGCAUUUCUUAUGAAGCAAGAACAGGUAAAAUAAUAAUUAUUUUUUAAAAUAAAUAAAUUAAAUUUUUUGUUGAUUGCUAUAAACCAACUUAAAGGCGCACUAUAGGGUCAGGAACACAAACAUGUGUUCCUGACCCUAUAGUGUUAAAACCACCAUCUAGCCCCCCGGGCCCCUCAUGCCUCCCUAAAUAUAGCAAAAUGUUACUUGUAUUCAAGCCUGAGGCUGUAGCUCUGCAUGCUGUUUGUCUCAGACGAGCAAGCAGUCUGCUGACAUCAUCAAAGGUGUUUCCUGAGCCAUUCACAAUGCUUCCCUAUAGGGUUGGCUGAGACUGACAAGGAGGCAGAUCAGGGGUAGAGCCAGCCCUGGCCAAUCAAACACAGCCCAGGCCAAUCAGCAUCUUCUCAUAGAGAUGAAUUGAAUCAAUGAAUGUUCAGUGUCUGCAUGCAGAGGGAGGAGAUACGGAAUGUUUGGAUGCAUUUUAGGCAGCCAUGACCCAGGAAGGAUCUCUUACAGCCAUCUGAGGAGUGGCCAGUGAAGUUAUCACUGGGCUGUAAUGUAAACACUACGUUUUCUCUAUGUAUUGGUUCUUAACUGAUAACUGGGCUGUACACAGCAGCUGGUUAACCCAUGCUCAUGUACCCUAGAAUGACAUGAUCUAACGAGCUGCCAUGCAUUAUCAGAGACACAAAUUCCAUCCUUGUCACACAACCCCAUGCCACCUCCUAUCUUUACGGUCCUAAUUCCAUACAUAUUUCAUCUUCCCCUCUCUAUUUAAGCUCACAUCACUGUCUCUGAGAUCCAUUUCUUGCAUCUCAUUUCUUCCUCACUUUGCCUCUUUACAUAUAAGCACCCCUUUAAUUAACCCCUGCUCUUACUCUCCUUGUGCCUACUCGUUCUCUGAAAAUUAAUAUUCUACAUCCUUUAUAUGUAAUAUUGUUCAACUAUAUAUGUCUCUACCUGUACAACUUUCCAUAUGUUUUUUCAACUACAGUAUAUUUUGCCCCAUGUCAUCCAUAUUAGUAAAAUUCCCUCUUAUCCCACCAUGCCAUGUCAGAGCACAUUUUCCAAAUUAAAAAGUAACUACAGUUAGUUUGUUCCAAGUGACGCUAACCCUUGGUAUCCUAAUGUUUAGACACUGCAUGCAGGGAUGUAUUUCCCACAAGGCAAACACGGCAUUUGCCUAGGGUGGCACUUUCGGGGGCCAAAAAAAGCCACCCCAAGCUCCCAGACAAAUGCCUUGUUUGCCUCAUGUUCUGGGGCUGUCCAUCACAGUGAGUGAGUGUAGCUGUCAGUGUGUGUCUGUGAGUGAGUGAAAGUGUGAGUGUCAUUUUAUGUGUAUCUGAGAGUGUGUGCCUGUCAAUGAGUGGGUGUGUCAGUGUGUGUCUGUCAGUGAAAGUGUGUGUUGGUUAAACAGUGUGUGCCAAUGACUGUGUAGUGUAUUUCAGUGCAUGUCAGUCAAAAAAAUGGCCUUGACACGAAUUGGGGGGGGGGAUUUAGAUUUUGGGGGUGCCCGAAUUUAGUCAUGCCUAGUGCGGCACAAAUCCAAAAUACACCACUGACUGCAUGCAUGGUGCCAGGUUGCACAGCUAUACUGAUUAGUAUGCUACUGUUCUCCCUGAUAUGUAUUUUAUUAUUAUGGUAUGAUUACUCUGUUUGACAAUAAUCUAUCCAGGUGGUGAUAACAUUUGAUACUGUAAUGUCCCUAUUUGUUUGCAAUCACAUACACUCGCCUACAUAACGCGGUGAUACAUACUCAUCCACUAGACACAAACUAGAGAGAUAAAGUUAGACUACACUUUCAAGAUCGGAUGUUGUUUUCUUCCAUGCCUGUAUGUAACUAUACCGCCACCUUGUCUCCUAGGCCAUAUUAGACUACCUUUACAUGAGCAGUGCUUAAAUAUCUUUUAGGACAUAUAUGCAUUCCCAAACCCGGACCUCUAGUGCCUAUUUCAAACAGCCAACCUUUGAUCCCAAAAAUGAGUGGUGAGAUUUUGCCAAAAAAUGCGUGUGUUCUAUGUUUCCAAAUGUUUUAGCCCUUUUCAAGGCUGCACUAGUCAGGUAGCAUACAACCUUAAUGCCUAGCCACACAUCUAAUGGGAGUUCAGAUGUACGGAUUCUCUUUUUGCCUAGUUAGUAUUUAUUUUAAUUUGCUCUCAUGUUAACCUUUAUUUGAAUUGUUUUUUUUAUUUUUUAUUUCUUUUAUUAUAUGUUUUUUUUUAAUCCUCGCCACCAAAGGCUUUGUUCUAACUUAUUAGUUAAAUUCAGUUCCCACUGCAAAAGUAGAACUCUAUCACGUCUUGCUGUCACCGUACGCUUAUUUGAUAUUGUGCUGUUACAAAUUGUUCAUUAUUACAUAUGUAAGAAUUGUUCUGAAAUAUGUUAUGUCCAUCUAGCAGCAACAAAUCGUCAUAUUAUAUCAUAGCAUGGCGAGAGCUAGGAUUAGGGGCUGCUCCAUAGAAAGCACCUAAACCUUAGAGGCUUCUGGGAGCCACUAGUGACACCUAAGCAACAGCUUCAACAUCACUGGUGCAAAUCUAAAGCAUGUAUUUGCGCAAUAUUUAUUCAGGUAGAACUGUUAUAAAUAGACUACUUUAUAAUGAUGGAAAUGAAGUAACAUUUAGUACAUGUUUGUGUUAUUUAUAGUACUCAUUUUGUAAUAUAUUGGAAGAACCAGCAGUGGCAGGUCAGCAUGUUAGUGCUGCUCAGUUGUGACCAGGGCAUUACAGGAUUUAGCCGUACCACCAGUUACACCUGAAGUAUUUUUGUUUAUUUAUUUGUUUGUUAUUGUAGGAGCAUGAUGAGGGGUGUCUCUGUUAAAGGGACACUAUAGUCACCUGAACAACUUUAGCUCAAUGAAGCAGUUUUGGUGUAUAGAACAUGCCCCUGCAGCCUCACUGCUCAAUCCUCUGCUAUUUAGGAGUUAAAUCCCUUUGUUUAUGAACCCUAGUCACACCUCCCUGCAUGUGACUUGCACAGCUUUCCAUAAACACUUCCUGUAAAGAGAGCCCUAUUUAGGCUUUCUUUAUUGCAAGUUCUGUUUAAUUAAGAUUUUCUUAUCCCCUGCUAUGUUAAUAGCUUGCUAGACCCUGCAAGAGCCUCCUGUAUGUGAUUAAAGUUCAAUUUAGAGAUUGAGAUACAAUUAUUUAAGGUAAAUUACAUCUGUUUGAAAGUGAAACCAGUUUUUUUUUUUCAUGCAGGCUCUGUCAAUCAUAGCCAGGGGAGGUGUGGCUAGGGCUGCAUAAACAGAAACAAAGUGAUUUAACUCCUAAAUGACAGUGAAUUGAGCAGUGAAAUUGCAUGGAAAUGAUCUCUACACCAAAACUGCUUUAUUUAGCAAUUUAGGUGACUAUAGUGUUCCUUUAAUAGAGUUUAUAGGCCUCUGGGAUGUAACCCUGGUUUCUAUAAAAUGGAAUAUGUCUUCUCAUAUUUAACAUUUUUUCUAUUCUUUAAGGAGUCUUCAAAUAAAGAUACAUUCUUUCAUAAUGAAAACUUGAUCUUUUCAGUCCUGGACCUUUUUGCAGCUGGAACUGAAACGUCUUCUACAACUUUACGCUGGGGGCUUUUGCUGAUGAUUAAGUACCCAGAAAUUCAAAGUAAAUAUCAUACUGUCUCUCUGUUUCAUCCAUUCCUAUCUCUGUCUGUCUCUCUAUCUACACGCACAUCAUUUUCAGAGGCACAACUCUGUCCAAAAAUGUUAGACUUUUCUCAUUAGGUUUUUUUUAACUGGUAAUACAUACCUCCAAACAUUUAAAACAGACAAAGAGGGACACUUUAAUAAAAGCUAACUGUUUACCAUAUUGGCAGCUCUAGCAAGACAAAUCAUUUUGCUUGACUGGAUAAGUCUUGCCCUUACUCCUUUAAACCUUUUUAAAACAAAUUAGCAUAUGUGUUCCAUAUGGAUUGUAUAAAGACAACAGGCUCAUUAAAAACCACACAAAUCUUCUUCAAGGCAUAGGAGUUGUGCGUAAUGUACCUUGACAUACACACAGCAAAAGUUUAAAUGCUGCUUUUGAAUAUACAGUCUGUUAUGGUGUAUGUUCCAAUAAGUCUUCAUGGUUAUAGAAAAAAAUAUAUAUAAUUUUUUUACCUUUCGGACCCUGAACUAAUUUUAUAUUACUACUACGGAUACUUAAGAAUUCUAUACAUUAUAUUUUGUCAUCCUGCAGCAAUUUUAUUUGGCUAUUGGUAAAAUGUGUUAUAUUAAUGCUAUUGCAUGAUGCCUACUAACUAAUUUUAAUGAAUAACAACAUUAUACAAACAAAUUAAAUAAAAAAAUAUGCCCAUAAAAUAACGUAUGUUUAAUGCAAGCUAAGACUCUAAUAAUUAUAUUCACUAUUGGGAAACAUGGCAGUGUCAUUGUUCAUUGUGCAGAUUUAUACUUUUAAUGCUACGAUCAAGUCCCAAUGUAUAUUAACCCCUUAAGGACACAUGACGGAAAUAUUCCGUCAUGAUUCCCUUUUAUUCCAGAAGUUGUGUCCUUACGGGGUUAAAUGUUAUAAUUCCUUUCUGAUGUUUCAUAGAAAAAGUACAGGAAGAAAUUCGGAAGUAUAUUAAACCAGGACAGCUGCCGAAGGUGGAUGAUCGGCGAAUGAUGCCGUAUACUGAUGCAGUCGUACAUGAAAUACAGAGGUUUUCUAACAUUGUUCCUCUUAACUUGUCUCGAACAACGUUGAAAGAUGUUUCUUUCAGAGGGUUCUGCAUCCCACGGGUGAGAUCAUGUUACUGUACAGAAGACUACUUGUAAAAUGUAUAAGGUAGCAAUAGAAUGAUCUGAGAAGGUGAGGCUGUGUUUGUCAUGAAUUUAGGUAACUUCAUGAAAUGUUGAAGGGUUCUCAUGAAACUUGCCAUUAAAAAAAAAAACAAUUGGGGGUUAAUUAAGUGCUGUUCUGGGUGCAAAUUGGUACAUUUUGUGGAGCAUCCAUUGGGUUCCAUUGUGAUUGCUACUUAUGUAGCACUUUCCCCAGAAUAGCACCUGUUUUUGCCCCGAUAAAUCAAUGCCUCAUUUAUGUUUCAAAUAGUUUUUCUUAAACCACGUUUACCCCAAUAAAAGAACAUAUUUCAGAGAUUUUUACUGCUUUGGAGCACCACGAUGCACUGAUAGACACUUUGCAUUACUACCAUAUUUAUGGGUUAAUUUUAUUUAUUUUAAGUAUGUUUGAGUUUCACAGAUGUCCUCUCAUUACUUCAAAACUCCCAGAUAUAUUUCUGCUGCAUCUCCUGCAUACAGCAAUAUCCUAUAUAUAAUUAUUAAUAUCAUCAUCAUUAAUAUAGUACAAACAUAUUUCGCAUCUCCUUACAUAAAGAAUACAAAACAUACAAAGUAAUGUUGCAGAGGUGAAGGAGGGGGGCUGCUCAAAAAGCUCACAAUCUAAUAUAAAGCUUCUUCAAUUGUGAAGAAUACAUUUUUUUUUAUAUGGAAUGAAUACAUUUUCUGAUUUUUAGAUGGUUUAUAUUUGAUUCUUGGUACCUUUAAACUUUUAAAUAAAACUGAAGUUUUUGCCUUGCAUUUUUCAAUUACAGAUAUGCACUACUUUUAACAAGCCUCCUUCUUUGCUUUCCGAUGUGCGAUUUGGAUGAUUGACAUUAUCUGUGUUAAUAUUCUGACUAUACAUAUCAUACUUAUAAAUUAUUUCUAUUAUCUAAUAAUUAAGUUCUGUUGUUUGUCUUUAAAAAAAAAACUAAAUCUCUUUAAAUAGAACAACGAUAAAAAUGUUGUAAGUAACCACGUAAUGGUAACUUCUGGUUAUUACUUUCAGGGAACUGAAGUAAUUCCAAUGCUCACUUCUGUCUUGUACGAUAAAUCGCAGUGGGAAACACCAUAUGAAUUUAACCCAAAUCACUUCCUGGAUGCAGAUGGAAAAUUUGUACGGAAGGAUGCGUUCAUGCCUUUCUCUACAGGUAGAUCUCACUUAUAUAUAUAAUAUGAGUAUAAUAGAUUUCCAUCGUAGGACCUUUGUUAGUCUAAAAGCAGGUGGUUGUAACAGUGAACACAGGAGAGAAAAGCCAAAUCAGCUUAUUUGUCCCUCUUCUUAAAAUAGUAGUUCUAAUGGUUUCAAUUAAACAGUUAACUGGGUUCGGUAAAACAGAUCACCAAUCAAGAUUCGGUGUAGCAAUUGUUGUUGUAGACAUCUUGCCAAAACACUAAUACUGAAAGAAUCCAACCCUGACAGAAAGUUGGAAAGAUUGCACAUGAACUACCCCCCUAUCUCCCCCUCCCACCCAAAGUAUUUUGAUUUUUUUUUUUUUAAUCCUUAGUGGAUCAACGAGAGCUGUGGUGACGAGUUUUAUUUGGUUAUAUAAUCUGGGAAAGUAGGAAUCAUUUUUCAUUGCCAUGCCGGUGAGUGGAAAGAACCUAGGAUUCUGUAUCCUGAUGGUCUAGAACAGGUGUGCCCAAAAGGUAGAUGGGCAGCAACAAUUGCUGCUGUGUUGCCCCCCAUGGCAUUGUGUUAACGCAUACCUAAAUGCUCCAGACCAGCAAACUGCUAAAACGUCAGCUUUUAUAGAGGUGGUCACACUUGCUGACGAUAAAUGAAUCAAGGGCAUUUAAUUAGCAGCGCCUGUCUGCUACUUAGCCUCCGAAUUUGAAUGGAAGCAGUAAGGGUGUACUUCGUUUUUCACACAUGGCGUCUUCAUUUUGGCUUGAUUCUUGUUAAAGAUAUGAUGACACUGUGUAAUAUGUUAUGUGCUGAUGUUCAUAUGAGGUCAUAUUUACCUGAUUUCAAGACCUGUUGAAGAACAGAUGAUUGUUUUUAUGUCCUGAUUUGUAAAAUCAUAGAAUUCAAAGAGGGUGUACUUUCUUUUUCCCAUGACUUUACAUAAGAUACAAAAUCCAGCACACACACUCAUUCACGAAACAGCAAUUUCAAUGCUCACAUAAUGUAAUUGUUUUCUUGACUAACCUCGGGAAAAACAAUGGGAGUUUAGCAACAGUACAUAACCAGACAUUGCGUAAGCCUGUCAAAAGCUUAGCAGGUCCUAUUCUAGCAAUCUAACAAAUACCCGUAUGUCUUAUGCAAUUAAUUAUCUUACUGUGGAAAUGCUUCCUCCUGGAACUCUCUGUGUUGCAACGUUAAAUAGGGCCAUGGAAUGAGGACCUGGACUCCCAAAUAUAUUCAUAUACCAAGAAACCAAGAGGGCUGCACUAAACUAAAUAUUCAUGCAUUAUAAUGGUGCAGCUGGGACUAAUUCAUACAACAUACAAAAUCCAGCGCACUCACUUAUUCACUUAGCAAUUUUAAAGCUCACAGAAUGUAAUAGGUUUUUUUUUUUUUUUUUAAAAGCUUUUUACAUUCUGUAAGCUUUGAAAUAGCUUUUUGGUAGGAAUGAAGGCAUUCUAACAACUUCAAUAAGUGUUCCUUUAAACAAGCUUCUAUUAUACAUGUUGCAUUAAUAUGUUAAUGUUUAUUUAUGUAGGGAGACGAGCCUGUGUCGGAGAAAGUUUGGCCAAGAUGGAGCUGUUUCUAUUUUUCACCGGUCUUCUCCAGAGGUUUACAUUCCACCCCCCGGCAGGAGUUUCUGCAGCACACCUGGAUCUGAAGCCCAACGAUAGUGGCUUUAUUUUAACACCAGUACCUUACUUGAUCAGUGCCAUUCCCAACUACUAAGGCAGAAUAACAAAGACGAACAAUCAAACAGCUAAACAUAACACAACUGUCUUCUGAUGAUAAUCUCCAUUAGCUGCCAGAACAUUUGUGUUGCAAACGACUAGAUUACUAUAGAUUGAUCUUUUGCUCUAGCUUCUUGUGUUUUCUUGAAUGAUCAGUAAUAUGUAUAUUAGUAAGUACAAUAUCAUGAAAAAAAAUAAAAAAUUAAAUGGAAUAAG